CCUACAAGCCUCCAGUGGGACAUUUCCUCGGCCGAGCCAGCUCCCAGCAGGACGGUGGGUCCACAUCCAGCACCAUGACGGAACUGGAGACGGCCAUGGGCAUGAUCAUUGACGUCUUUGCCCGGUACGCGGGGGCUGAGGGCAACAAGCAGAGCCUGACCAAGGGGGAGCUGAAGACGCUCAUGGAGAAGGAGCUCCCUGGCUUCCUGCAGAAUAAAAGGGACAGGGACGCCGUGGACAAACUGCUCAAGGACCUGGACGCCAACGGAGACGCCGAGGUGGAUUUCAACGAGUUCAUGGUGUUCGUGGCCGCCCUCACAGCCGCCUGCCACAAGUACUUUGAGCAGGCGGGGCUCCACUGACGCCCUGCAGACCCAGAACCCGGGGGGGGGGGGGGCGGGGGGGGCUCCGGACCCA